CCAACACCAAAUCGCAGCCGCGAAGUGAAAUAUGGGGGAUCAGGAUGAAUUUCGCUGCUUUAUUGGUAAUUUAGCAUGGUCAACUUCAGAUAGGGGAUUGAAGCAGGCAUUUGAGAAGUUUGGUCAUCUUGUGGAGGCGAAGCUGGGUGCAGGAAAAAAUGGGAAUGUCUGAUCACUGUUCAUGACAAAAUUAUUUAUUGAAUUUACUGAGGGAAGGAAAAGGAAGUGUACUGGUAUCGAUGAUGACCGUGUGUUAAAUAUUGCUGACUAUUGAAGUUCGUAACAUGUAUAUUUCGAAAAGAGGUUCCUUUUAAAAAGAUUAUGUUCAGUGAACUGGGAUGUGACUUGUGAGUAAGCUGGAAUGAGAUGCAUCAUAAGGUCCAUCCUUCUAUUUCAUGCAAUAUAUCUCACCUAUUAAACUUUUCAUUUUUGGAAUAGUAAGCUCCGUAAAUUUAUAUGGUUCUUUUCCAGGUUGUGCUUGACAAAGUUUCUGGUCGCUCUCGUGGUUUUGGGUUUGUUUCAUUCGAAGAAGAGAGAGCUAUGGAAGAAGCCAUCAAAGCAAUGAAUGGAAUGGAUUUGGAUGGGCGGGACAUUACUGUUGAUAAAGCUCAACCCAACCAGGGAGGUAGAGACAGGGAUGGAUACAGAGACCAGGAUCGUGACAGGGGGCGUGAUCGUGAUAGGGGUAGGAAUCGUGACAGUGGGGGAGGGCGUGGAUCAGGUGGAGACUGUUUCAAAUGUGGAAAGCCGGGCCAUUUUGCUCGAGAAUGCCCUUCUGGUGAAGGGGCUAGAGGAGGGGGUGGUAGAUAUGGUGGAAGGGAUGAUAAGUAUGGAGGUGGAAGUCGCUAUGGCCCUGACCGUAAUGGCGAUAAGUAUAGUGGGCGUAGCAGAGACUCUGGUCGCGACUCUGGGCGAGACUCUGGUCGGGACUCUGGUCGGGACUCUGGGCGAGACUCUGGCAGAGAUCGUGGCGGAUCAGGAAGUGACAAAUAUAGUCGUGAUCGAUCUGGACCUUAUGAGCGUCCUGCAUCAGGCAGCUUUCGCUCAUGAUUGCUACUGUACUGCAGUUUGCCAGUUUGGAUGGCAUGUUCGAGAUCAAUCCUUUCUUGAUUUGGUCAUUUCAACUGAAGCACUUUUAGCUAUAUGAGGCUUUUGUCACUAAAGGGUUCUCAUGCUAUCUGACUUCUAUUUUCGUUUAGUUUGUGGAAUUAUGUCAUGGAAUUUUACAUUUUGGAUUGUUGCCCAUUUAAAGAUUAGUUUUGUUUUGUUUUGUUUGAAUUUCUUCCUUGGUUAUGUUGAUAUCCUUAUAUGGGUUAAGGGAUUAAUUAAUAUUAUGUGAUCUUACUGUUUUCCAGUACUUUGUUAAAA